AUGGCCGAGCCACAGCCUCCCAAGGUCAAAGAAGGCGCCACGGGCGGCGACAUCGAGGAUGAGGUCCAGGACACCACGGCCAAGUCGGCCGAGGACCGCAAGGCCGCCGCCGCGCUGGCCAGCAUGGACGCCCGCGCCGACGACGCCGGCAGCGGCUCCAACGGGGCCGUCGACCAGGAGGCCGCCAGCAAGGCGAUGAAGAGCCUCGGCGGAGGGUCCGCGGCCAAGCCGGCCGCCGCGCAGGAGGUCAAGAAGGUCAAGGUUGAUGCUGCAGAUGUUGCGCUGCUGGUUGACGAGCUCGACCUCACAAAACCCAAAGCCACGGCCCUGCUCAAGGCUAACGACGGGAACGCGGUCAAAGCCAUGAAGGCGCACAUUGGCGUAUGA